UAGUACAAAUCAAUUACUGAGUAAAAUAAGUCAAUUUGUAUUGACACUCUCUCGAGAAGGCGUUUGGCUUUGGCGGUGUAGAUAGAUAAACACAAACAAAAAAAACACCAAUGACGAGAGAGAGAGAAGAGAAAUCGUCGUUGUGAAAAUAAUAAUUUAGUUUCCAAUCAAACCCAUAGAGAUCUGAAUUCUCAAACCCUAAUUUCCCAGAAAUUUCUAUUAUUGGUUUCAGAAAAAAAUCAGUCGAAUGUGUUUCGAACAAGUAUGGAAGCUGAUGUUUUGAUCUUAUUUAUAAAUUAUACACGAUUUAGUCCGUAUUUUUUGAGGUUCUGAGAUAUAUAUAUUUUUUUAUUUUUUUUUGAGUUUGUUUUUCAAUUCGAUCGAUAUGAAAGGAGGAGUAUCAGUAUCAGUAGUUUAUCCCUUUCUCUUCUUGUAUAUUUCUUUUUCUCUCAUGGUCGGUACAGUCACUUCAAAUGUUCUCUUAUCUGGAAGGAAUUUCAGUCUCUCGUUCGAAGACAUCGAAGCUAACUUUGCUCCAUCUGUGAAAUCAUCUGGUGUAUGUGGAAAAUUGUAUAUCGCUGAACCACUUGAUGCCUGUUCUCCGUUAAAGAAUAAAAUUAAUCAGACGGAUGGUUCGUUACCUUUUGUUUUGAUUGUUAGAGGUGGUUGCACUUUUGAAGAUAAAGUGAGAAGAGCUCAAAUUGCGGGGUUCAAGACUGCUAUUGUUUAUGAUGAUGCAGAUGAUGAUGCUUUGGUUGCAAUGGCGGGAAGUUCAGACGGCAUUAAAAUUCAUGCUGUUUUUAUUGGCAAACACUCUGGAGAAGUACUCAGAAAGUAUGGACUUUCCCCAGGAAUAAUGAUAUGGAUCAUUCCGUCAUUUGAAAACUCAGCAUGGUCAAUCAUGGCAAUUUCUUUCAUAUCCUUGCUUGCCAUGUCUGCUGUUCUUGCUACUUGUUUCUUCGUUCGUAGACACCGCAUAAGGCGAGAAAGACCAAGAGGUACUAAUGUUCGGGAGUUUCAUGGAAUGAGUAGCCGUUUGGUGAAAGCAAUGCCGAGUCUGAUAUUCACUUCAGUUUUAGAAGAUAAUUGUACUUCUGUAACGUGUGCUAUAUGCCUCGAAGACUAUUCAGUUGGAGAGAAGCUCAGAGUACUUCCAUGUCGUCACAAGUUCCAUGCUGCUUGUGUGGAUGCUUGGCUCACCUCUUGGAGAACAUUUUGUCCAGUAUGUAAGCGUGAUGCGAAGACCGCCAGCGGUAAUCUUCCAGCGUCAGAGCGGACUCCUUUGCUCUCAACAGAUCCAGCCUCCCCUUCAUCAUCUGUUGGUUCUUCAUCUACCAGAUAUUCGUUUGCGUCGUCGUCAUCAGCAAUACAAAUUGGUAAUGGAUCAUUGCGGUCCCCGUCAGUUUUGCGUGGUCACUCUCUUUCUGGCACUCCUUAUAUGCCACAAUCCUAUAGAUCUUAUAGAAACUCACCUUCCACAAUAAGUCCAAGUAGAAGCUCAGUAGAUCUUAGAAAUGCUUCUAUGUCUCAAAGAUCUCAUGCAUCCCACCUAAUAUCUGGCCACUCUUUAGGCUAUCCUUCUUUAUCAUCCCUAAAUUCACGAUACAUAUCUCCAUACAUUCCUAGUUCAAGCAAUGCCUCUCCAAGUUUCCAUGGGUCUUCUGGUCUGUAUCCAAGCCUUUUGCAUUGUAGUGAGUCAGCAGCAAGCAUUUCUCCUUUUACUUCUGCUCACUCUCUCCCUGGGAGUUGACUGCUACCAGGUGACUGAACUCGUACUUAUGUUGAUGCUAUACAAGUGAAAAACUGAUCACUGUUUCCAAAACUCCGCUGUGUGAGAGAAAAAUAGAUGCGGAGAAAAAUGUUCUUUGCUAGUUUAUAUCAUAGUCUUAUGUUAUUGGCUAGCAACUGGCGGCUAAUUUAUGAUGCGGAGAAAAUAUACUUGUAACACCAAUCACGUUCUUAUCUUUUUAUCUCAAUUCUGGUUUCAGUGAAUUUGUGUGGUAUUGAGUGAAUUUGUAAUUUAUUCUCCUUAUUUUGUCUUGUGCUCCCCCAUUAACCUGUAACAUUGUAUAAUAUAUUUGGUGUAAAUUUUUGUCAAUUUUUGUCGUAAACAAA